UUCAACUCCCCCCGUUGGCAACGGUUGUCAGCCCUUAGAUUACAGCCGUGUCGUUAGCUCGCUAACUAGUAUCCAAAAACUUUCUGGAGAUCGUGUUGGCACGCCGUUCAACAAUGCAUAUUCAAGACCGUGCUACCAAAUAUUAAACAACCUGAAAAUGUUUUCUAACUCAACGAGCCUGUGAGGAAACAGACCAUGACUUCCACCUCCUCCCUACCGGGCCUCCCUGGCCAAAGCAGGGACAGUGAAUUUAGAGAACGUCUGCACAGACCCCCUGAACUACAGGGCUCCACUAUCUUACCAAGGCCCCCGGUUCAUGUUAAAGAUCCACAGGCUGUGCUGAAGAGACGCGUAGCACGGACACAACCCAGUCUCCAGCACUUAAAAGCCCGCGAGCAGAUGAUAUUUCCUGGCUGGUACACUCAGCCACCUUCACCUCUGAAAGCACAGCCAUGGCAGCGCCGUCAACAAUUGCCUCUCCAUCUACCUCCUCUGAAAACCACGACAAAGGUGUUAUGUGAGAAUGACGCAAAUCUGGAUCCCUACAGUGAGGACGACUGUUUGAUUGACAUUAAAGGUGUGAUGUUGAUGCAUGGGGCGGAUUUUAACUUUAUGCCAGUGGAACACUGGAAAAAAGUUCGUGACUACCACUGCAAACUGGCCCGCAUCCCCUUUUUCUCACUCUUCAAAAAAUGGAAGCCCUUCUAUGUCUGGCGCACCAAAAUCCGUGCUAAGAAGAUACAUUUGGCGAAAGAGGCCAUACAAAAGCAUCUGUUCAUUGUCAAUCCGUCUCUUAGUCCUGCACUGAUUGAUAUCAGGAAAAUGUGCUACCAAAUCAAUGACACAGGCUUGUGUCAAAUGAAGAAGAAACACACAUACACACUGCAGGAGUUUGAGGACAGCCAACUCAAACAACUAGAAGAGAUAUUGAAUGACCUGGAGAAGUUUCAAGACCUGGUAAAGAACGUGACUAUUUGUGCCUGUCGCCAUUAUUUGUUGGAAACUCAAUCUAAAUCUAACCUUGAUGAUGGAAAUGGAACCUUUUCAUUUGACCCUAUUGAAAUGCUCAACAAAGCUUUCCUCUGUAGCCGACUCAUCUGCUUCAUUCGUCUUGUGGACUAUUUGGUUGUCAACACCUUGCACAGUUUGGUAGUGAAUGCAGUGAAUAUAUUACUGACUAAACUCCAGGAGCAGAUAAGUCAAAUGCCCAGCCACGCCGCUAUUCAGAGCUGGAGCCAGCAGCCUGAGGCUGCCACUGACCCAGCUGACACAGAGAGGGAUAAGAAGUCUGAAGGUGUCCAUCCUGUAUUCAUGACUGAGUUGAUGCUGGACACCAGUGCUUUGACUUACAAACCCUCUGAGGAAAACUUUCAGGAGACUGUUGCAGAGAUUAUUGAGGAGUUUGAGAAGAUGUUGGUGUCAGUUAAGGCACUUACCGAAGAUUGUGACUUUGAUUCUCUGUUUGACUCUGGACAUUAUGAGGCAAAUAAGUUUGAAAACGGCCCCUCUUUGGAAUUUAUCUUGGACAACGAUGGCCACCUUCAAAGUAUCAUACAGGAUAUCAAGAAAUCACUCCGGUUUGCCUUUGAUGCAGCGAAAGUGUACUCACACACAUUUGAGCAUUUUCGAUUAUUCUAUAAAGAGAAUGAGAGUCUGGAUCUGGAUGCGAUGCGGCAACAGGAACAUGAUCUGGCCUUCUUUGAAAAAGCGCUGGAGUUAUAUCACAGAGAGCACACGGAGGCCUUAGCUAUCCAACAGAAGAGAAACCUUGGUUUACUGCUUGUGGACAAAACACAACUCAAAGAAAAUCUUGUGUCUUCUCCUCUUCAUUGUCUGGAGGUCAUCAAUGAGAUGCUCACACGGCUAGCUAAGAAGAAGCUAGAUGCAGUGAUUACAGAGGCUUGUGAAGCCCAGUUUAAACUAGAGUUCCGUCCUUCGACUACAACUGAGUUGGCCAGCUCACUCAUAUUCCUGGCAGAGAUACAGGAGAGGAUCCCUGCACUAGAAGAAGAGCAGGAGACAGUAUGCAAAAUGUACAAUCUUAUCAACAUGUAUUCAGUUCCCACACCACCUGAUGAUCUUGCGACUUUUGCCACAUUGCAACUCUCCAUUAACUCAUUACAAACCAUCAUCGAUGAGGCAGCAGCAGAAAAGGACAACAGCAUGGACAAGUUUUGCAGCUCUCUGAACAAGGACAUAAAGAAGCUGAAACACGCUGCGAUGGAAGUCAAGCUUAAGUCGCAGGAUCCUCAGAUCCUAGACAUCAACACAGAUUCCUCCCAAGUGCGUCGGCUACUCGGGGACAUCCAGAUUUCCAUUGAUGAACUUCAGGCCCAAGCAUCUGACUAUAAUUCCUACCAGAAGAAAUUCAAGAUGGAGGUGACCAAGUUCGACACCUUGGAGGAAUUGACAGCCGAGUUCAGACUAAAGCAGCUGCUGUGGGACUCUCUGGAGAACUGGAAGUCUUUACAGGAAGGAUGGCGGCAGAGCACGCUUGAGCAACUGGACCUGGAGCAGUUUGCCUCACAGAUCAACAAAUACACCAAGUAUGUCAACCAGCUGGAGAAGGGUCUGCCACGUAACAAUUUACUGCCGAGUCUGAAGGACAAGGUUGAAGUCAUGAAGCAGAGGCUUCCUGUGAUCACUGACCUGCGUAACCCAUGUAUGAAACAAGAACACUGGAAGAACCUGGAGUCUGUUGUGGGGACCACACUAAAUGUGAAGGAAUCUACUGUGGCUGCUUUGGAGGAACUUAACAUCUUCUCUUAUGGCAAUGAGAUACAGGAGGUUUCAGGAAAGGCUUCAGGAGAGGCAUCAGUGGGGGCCAUUAUUACAAAGGUGGAUGAUAUAUGGAAGACCACAGAGUUCACUGUCCUGCCUCAUGGUGACUCCAAAGAAGUCUUCAUCUUGGGAGGCACAGAUGAUAUCCAGGUGCUACUGGAUGAUAGCAUUAUCAAUGUGGGCACAGUGGCAUCUUCACGCUACGUGACUCCCAUAAAGGUCAAGGUGGACCAAUUGCUGCAACAGCUGAACCUCUUCAAUCAAACACUGGAUGAGUGGCUUACAUGCCAAAGAAACUGGCUAUACCUGGAGAGUAUCUUCUUGGCCCCAGACAUUACAAGGCAGCUGCCUGCCGAGUCAAAGAUGUUCCUCAAGGUGGACAAGUCUUGGAAAGAGAUCAUGGCAAAGGUCAAUAGGAUGCCCAAUGCCCUUAAAGCAGCCACGCAACCUGGUCUGUUGGAAACGUUUGAGCACAACAACACUCUUUUGGAUGAGAUACAGAAGUGUUUGGAAGAUUACCUGGAGUCCAAGAGAGUCAUCUUUCCAAGAUUUUGUUUCUUAUCCAAUGACGAGCUGCUAAAGAUUUUGGCUCAGACACAAAACCCUCAGGCAGUGCAGCCCCACCUCAGGAAGUGUUUUGACGCUAUUACACGACUAGAGUUUGCUUUGCUGCCUGAUGCUGCCUCUGGUGCAGGGGGAGUGGUAGAUGGUGGAGAACCAAAGAACAUAUACAGCAAAGACAUCUUGAGUAUGGUCUCCCCUGAAGGAGAAAAGGUGUGUCUGACUAAAGGUCUGAAAGCACACGGUAAUGUGGAAGAUUGGCUUUGCAAAGUAGAGGAGGCGAUGUUCUCCUCACUGCGACGCCUCAGCAAGGCCGCCAUUGCAGACUACCAGGUUAAGUCGAGAGAGGAAUGGGUGGUGGCUGGCCAUCCGUCGCAGGUGGUGCUGACCAUCUCACAGUUGAUGUGGUGCAGGGACAUGGACGCCUGUCUGGAAGGAGACCACGACCACUUUGCUGCUUUGCAGGAGUUUGAAUUCACCAACUUUGAUAGAUUAAAUUCCCUGGCAGCACUGGUACGAGGACAGUUACCUGCUUUGCACCGUAAUAUCAUCACUGCCCUCAUCACCAUUGACGUCCAUGCCAGAGACAUUGUCACAGAUCUAGUCAGGCAGAAGGUGGAUACCAGGUCCAACUUUGAAUGGCAACGACAGCUACGCUACUACUGGGACCUAGACCUUGACAACUGUGUAGCCACAAUGGCUCUGUCCACUUACAUUUAUGGCUAUGAAUAUCUGGGAGCCUGUCCCAGGCUGGUUAUCACACCGCUUACGGACCGUUGCUACCUGUGUCUGAUGGGGGCUCUUCAGCUGGACUUGGGAGGAGCUCCAGCUGGUCCAGCAGGGACAGGCAAAACAGAGACCACCAAGGACUUGGCCAAGGCCCUGGCCAUCCAGUGUGUUGUCUUCAACUGCUCUGACGGACUAGACUAUAAGAUGAUGGGGCGCUUCUUCAGUGGGCUUGCUCAGUCAGGAGCUUGGUGUUGUUUUGAUGAAUUCAACCGAAUCGACAUCGAAGUGUUGUCUGUCAUCGCUCAGCAGCUCAUAACCAUACGAAACGCUAAAGCUGCUAAGCUAUCAAGGUUUCGGUUUGAGGGCCGUGAGAUCAAACUGGUGAUGACGUGUGCUGCAUUCAUCACCAUGAAUCCAGGCUAUGCUGGAAGGACCGAACUUCCCGACAACUUGAAAGCUCUCUUCAGGCCGAUAGCCAUGAUGGUGCCAAACUAUGCGCUCAUUGCUGAGGUGAUUUUGUACUCAGAAGGGUUUGAGUCCAGUAAGACCCUUGCAAGGAAGAUGACACAGAUGUACAAGCUGUGCUCAGAACAGCUGUCCCAGCAGGAUCACUACGACUUUGGCAUGAGAGCCGUCAAGUCUGUCCUGGUCAUGGCAGGGUCCCUAAAGAGAGAUAGCCCCUGCCUCAGUGAAGAUGUGGUUCUCAUCAGAGCUCUGAGGGAUUCCAACUUGCCAAAGUUCCUCACAGAAGAUGCUGUGCUGUUUGGUGGUAUCCUAUCAGACCUUUUCCCUGGUGUGUGCAUCCCUGAGCAUGACUAUGGUGUUCUCCAUUCUACCAUCCUGGAGUCUCUGGUUAAGCGCAACCUUCAGCCGUUGGCUACCAUGACCAAUAAGGUGAUUCAGCUCUAUGAGACCAUGAUAGUGCGCCAUGGUGUAAUGUUGGUAGGGCCCACCGGUGGAGGUAAGACCACUGUCUACACCAUCCUGGCAGAUACUCUGGAAACUCUCCAUCGCUCAGGGCUCCAGGCUAAAAACCCCUUCUACCAGCCUGUGAAGACAUAUGUACUCAAUCCAAAAUCUGUCUCAAUGGGAGAGCUCUAUGGAGAGAUAAACACAUUGACACUGGAGUGGCGUGAUGGACUGAUGGCACUGAGUGUUCGUGACGCUGUCAAUGACACCAGUGAUAUUCACAAGUGGGUGAUCUGCGAUGGGCCAGUCGACGCCUUGUGGAUUGAGAACAUGAACACCGUGUUGGAUGACAACAAGAUGCUCUGUUUGGCCAAUAGCGAGCGUAUCAAACUUACUCCAUCCAUACAUAUGGUGUUUGAGGUCCAGGACUUGGCUGUGGCAUCUCCAGCUACAGUCAGUCGCUGUGGGAUGGUAUACAUUGAUCCUGAUGAGCUCAAGUGGAUGCCCUAUGUAAAGACGUGGAUCAGCGGUCUGGGAGACAAAGUUCCAGAGCCGGUGCUCACUUACCUGCUGGAGCUGUUUGAAAAGUAUGUGGAAAAAGGUCUGCAGUUCGUAUUGAAGUAUUGCACACAGGCAAUUCGCCAGGUUGACAUCAGUAAAGUUGCCACAUUGUGCUGCCUGCUGGAGGCACUGCUGCUGGGAAAAGGAGGGCCAAACCUAAAUAUGGAUUCCAAACACCGCAACAGUGUGCUCUGUCAAACCUUCGUAUUUUGCUACCUAUGGGCAAUAGGUGGCAACCUGACCUGUUCUUACUGGGAUGCUUUUGACACAUUCCUUAGAGAACAGUUUGCAGAGAACAGAAAUGCUAAGCUCCCGAAGUCUACCUUGUGGAGUGUGUACAUGAACUUCAGUCACAUGCGUCUGGAACCUUGGGAGAAGAUAAUUCCUUCAUUUAAAUACAACAGCGAGCAACCAUUUUUUGAGAUGCUUGUACCCACAACAGACACUGUCCGCUAUGGCUACCUGAUGGAGAAUCUGCUCUCUGUACGGCGUUCUGUACUCUUCACUGGUGGCACUGGAGUGGGGAAGUCUGUGGUGGCCCGGGGCCUCCUUAACAGUAUCCAUGAAAAUGCAGGAUAUCUUCCAGUCUACAUCAACUUUUCUGCUCAGACCUCCUCCGCCCGCACACAGGAGAUCAUCGAGUCUAAACUGGAGAAAAAGAGAAAGAACAUUCUGGGUGCUCCUGGUAACAAGAAGUUAGUGGUGUUUGUGGAUGACCUUAACAUGCCUAAGCUGGACAGUUACGGCUCCCAGCCUCCUAUAGAGCUCCUGCGUCAGUUCCAGGACUUUUCUGGCUUCUAUGACAGAAACAAGUUCUUCUGGAAGGAGAUCCAGGAAAUGACCAUUGCAGCAGCGUGUGCUCCUCCAGGGGGGGGGCGCAACCCCGUGACCCCGCGAUUCAUUCGCCACUUCAGCAUGCUGUGUCUGCCAACACCCUCGGACCACAGCCUCAAACAGAUCUUCAAAGCCAUCCUGACUGGUUUCCUCAGUGAGUUUUCUCAGGAAGUGAAAGACUGUGCUGGUCAGAUUGUGGAUGCAGCCGUGGAGAUUUACAACCGUUUGAGUGUGGAUCUGCUUCCCACUCCAGCUAAGUCCCACUAUGUCUUCAAUCUCCGGGACCUCUCCAAAUGUGUCCAAGGUAUACUGCAGUGUGAGCCGAGUCAAGUGAGAGACAAGACCCAGAUCUUCCGUCUUUUCUGCCAUGAGUGUCAGCGGGUAUUCCAUGACCGACUCAUCAACAGCCAAGAUAAGUCCUAUUUCAACACCAUCGUUUGUGAGAUGGCUGGCAGAUAUUUUGAUAUUAACUUGGAAGCCUCAUACUUUGUGACUCAGCCCAUCAUAUUUGGGGACUUCAUCAAGGUGGGGGCAGAGAAAGAAGAUCGUCUGUAUGAGGAUCUGACAGACAUGAAUAAGAUCCAGACUGUCCUCCAGGACUACCUUGAUGAUUACAACAUGACCUUCUCCAAGGAGACCAAGCUGGUUUUCUUCCAGGAUGCCGUUGAGCAUGUCUCCAGGAUUGCACGUAUGAUUCGCCAGGAAAGGGGCAACGCCCUGCUAGUGGGUGUGGGAGGUACAGGCAAACAGUCACUCACUCGGUUGUCAGCCCACAUGUGCGGGUACCGCUGCUUUGAGAUUGAGCUGAGCCGAGGAUACAACUAUGGCAGCUUCCAUGAAGACUUGAGGAGGCUCUACAGGAUGGCUGGCGUGGAGGGAAAAGAUAUGGUGUUCCUUUUUACAGAUACUCAGAUUGUAGUGGAGGAGUUUUUAGAGGAUGUCAACAACAUGCUAAACUCUGGCGAAGUGCCCAACCUUUUUGAGAAAGAUGAACUGGAACAAGUGCUUGCUGCCACCCGCCCUAAAGCCAAAGAGGCUGGAAUCAGUGAAGAGAACCGGGAUGAGGUGUUCCAAUAUUUCAUCUCUCGGGUACGAGAGAAACUGCACAUUGUGUUGUGUAUGAGCCCAGUGGGGGAUGCCUUCAGGUCCCGCUGCCGCAUGUUUCCUUCACUGGUUAAUUGCUGCACCAUUGACUGGUUUGUGCAGUGGCCUCGGGAGGCUCUUCUGUCUGUUUCUCAGGCCUUUUUCCAAAAUGUGGACUUUGGCAGUGAGGAGCUGAAGCAGAGUUUCUCAGCCAUGUGUGUUGAGAUACAUGUUAGUGUCACUGACAUGGCUGAACGCUUCUACUCAGAGCUGAGACGCAGGUAUUACACCACACCAACAUCCUAUUUGGAGCUCAUCAACCUCUACCUGGGCAUGCUUGACAACAAGAGACAGCAGUUAGUUCUGGCCAGGGACCGUGUAAAAAAUGGUCUGACUAAGCUGCUGGAAACCAAUGAGCUUGUCGACAAAAUGAAAGUGGACUUAUCAGCUCUGGAGCCAGUCCUAAAGCAGAAGUCCAUGGAUGUGGAUGCUCUCAUGGUGAAACUGGCUGUGGAUCAGGAGAAGGCAGAUGAGGUGCGUAAAGUAGUGAAAGAAGAUGAGGCUUUGGCCAAGGUCAAGGCUGAAGACACUCAGGCCAUAGCUGAUGAUGCACAAAAGGACCUGGAUGAAGCACUGCCGGCCCUGGAAGGUGCCAAUCAGGCUCUUAAUUCACUCGACAAGGCUGAUAUCUCAGAGAUCAAGGUGUUCACUAAACCUCCAGACCUCGUCAUGACCGUCAUGGAGUCUGUGUGCAUCCUGCUCAGUUGCAAACCAGACUGGGCUGGUGCCAAGCAAUUACUGGGAGAUGCCAAUUUCCUUAGGCGUCUGAUGGACUAUGACAAGGACAAUAUCAAACCUCAGAUCCUGCUGAAACUGCAAAAAUACAUCAACAACCCCGAUUUCUUACCUGAGAAGGUGGAGAAGGUGUCCAAGGCCUGCAGGUCGAUGUGUAUGUGGGUCAGAGCUAUGAAUCUUUACUCCAGAGUCCUCAAAGAGGUUGGACCCAAGAGAGAAAAACUGGCCAAGGCACAGGGAGAACUAGAUGUGACCAUGGCAACCCUGAGGGAGAAGCAGCAAAAGCUUCAGGAGGUGGAGGACAAGAUCAAGGUCCUACAGGAGCAAUUUGACAGCAGUGAAAACGAGAAGCAAGAAUUGGUUAACACAAUGGCUUUGACACAGGCUCGUUUGACCAGAGCAGGGAAGCUAACUUCUGCUUUGGGCGAUGAGCAAGUCCGCUGGGACGAAAGUGUAGCCCUGUUUGAGCAAGAAAUCAUCAAUGUUGUAGGGAAUGUCUUCAUUGCCGCUGCCUGUGUGGCCUACUAUGGAGCAUUCACGUCCCACUAUAGACAGCUGCUAAUUGAACAGUGGAUAAUUCAGUGCCAGGAGCUGAGCAUCCCCAUCAGUUCCAGCUUCAGCCUGAUCAACAUUCUGGGUGAUCCAUAUGUCAUUCGUCAGUGGAACUCAGAAGGGUUGCCUCGUGACACGGUUUCUACUGAGAAUGGGAUCCUCGUGACGGAGGGCCGCCGCUGGCCUCUUAUGAUCGACCCACAGGAUCAGGCUAACCGGUGGAUACGCUCCAAAGAAGCCAAGCAUGGUCUGAAGGUGAUCAAGCUGACAGACUCAAGUUUCCUCCGUACCCUAGAGAACGCCAUACGUAUGGGUAAUCCUGUACUGCUAGAAGAGCUGAAGGAGACCCUAGAUCCAGCGCUGGAGCCCAUCCUGCUGAAGCAGACGUUUGUGGCUGGUGGACGAACAUUGAUCCGACUUGGAGACUCGGAUAUCGACUAUGACAAAAACUUCAGGUUCUAUAUGACCACUAAGAUGGCCAACCCACACUACCUGCCAGAGGUAUGCAUCAAAGUUACAAUCAUCAAUUUCACAGUGACUAAGUCUGGUUUAGAGGACCAACUGCUCAGUGAUGUGGUGCGUCUUGAGAGUCCGCAUCUUGAGCAACAGAGGAACGAGCUGAUUGUCCGCAUCAACGCUGACCGCAACCAGCUCAAAGACAUUGAAGACCGCAUCCUUAAGCUUCUCUUCACCUCUGAGGGGAAUAUCCUUGACAACGAGGAGCUGGUUCAGACUCUCCAGGAGUCAAAGGUGACAUCAGAGACCAUAAAGCAUCGUCUGGAGGAGGCAGAGGCCACAGAGCUGAUGAUCAACUCUGCUAGGGAGCGCUACCGACCUGUAGCCACCCGAGGGUCUAUCUUGUACUUUGUCAUCGCCAGUCUCUCUGAGAUCGAUCCUAUGUACCAGUUCUCCCUCAAGUACUUUAAACAGCUCUUUAAUUCUACAAUUGAGACUUCAAAACAGAGUGAUGUGCUGGAAGAGCGUCUUCAGAUCCUUCUGGACCAGAUCUUGCUCAACUCCUACAUCAAUGUUUCACGUGGACUCUUUGAGCAGCACAAGCUUAUCUACAGCUUCAUGCUGUGUAUAGAGAUCAUGAGGGAGCGUGGCGAGAUCUCUGAUGGGGAGUGGCAGCACUUUCUCAGAGGGGCGUCGUCCUUGGAAAAGGACUAUACAGAACGGCCGGAUGUGCCAUGGCUAAGUGAUUUUUACUGGCAGAUGUGUUGUGAGCUGGAGGACACACUGCCCUGCUUCAAGGACAUCUCCAAGGAAAUCACCAAAACUCAUAUCCAUAUCAAGCUCGGACGUUUUCAAGCAUCAUUUAAUCCAGAGACUUGGGAAGGCUACGUGUCAGAAUUACCUCCUCUAGGGGAGUCCAGAGAGGAAAAACAGGAGAUAAAAGGCUACUGGAAUGAGAGGUUGGGGUCCUUCCAGAAACUCGUUCUUAUCAAGAGCUUCAUGGAAGAGAAGGUGGUUUUUGCAUCAACUGAGUUUGUGAUUGUCAACCUGGGGAAGCAGUUUGUUGAAAACCCUCCAGUCGACCUGGCAAAUCUCUACAAUGACAUGUCCCCCUCCACACCAUUGAUCUUCAUUCUCAGCACUGGAUCUGAUCCCAUGGGUGCCUUCCAGCGCUUUGCAAAUGAAAAAGGGUGUCUUGACAGGGUGGCGUCCAUUUCAUUGGGUCAAGGCCAGGGACCGAUUGCAGAGAAGUUGAUCCAUGCAGCGCUGAAGAAUGGCAACUGGGUCUUCCUGCAGAACUGCCAUCUGGCUGUCUCCUGGAUGUUAGCCAUGGAGGAGCUCAUUAAGACCUUUAGUGAACCUGACACAUCCAUCCACGAGAACUUCCGCUUGUUUCUCAGUUCCAUGCCCAACAAAGUAUUUCCUGUCACAGUACUCCAGAACUCUGUCAAGGUUACUAAUGAGCCUCCUAAAGGCCUGCGAGCCAACAUGCGAAGAGCUUUUACAGAAAUCACCAGCAAUUUCUUUGAAGACCACAUUCUGGGACGCCAGUGGAGGAAGAUUGUCUUUGGAAUGUGCUUCUUCCACGCCAUCAUCCAGGAGCGGAAGAAGUUUGGUCCACUGGGCUGGAACAUUCGCUAUGAGUUCAACGACAGUGACAGAGAGUGUGCUCUUCUCAACCUCAACCUCUACUGCAAAGAUGGCGCUAUUCCUUGGGACGCUCUCAUCUAUAUCACCAGUGAAAUCACAUAUGGGGGUCGAGUGACAGAUGCCUGGGACCAGCGCUGCCUCAGGACAAUCCUCAAAAGUUUCUUUUCUCCGGGAACUCUGCAAACUGGUUAUGCUUACUCUUCCUCAGGUAUUUACUAUGCCCCAGAGACAGACGAGCUAGAGCAAUAUAAUAAGUACAUUGAGAGUCUUCCAAUUAUAGAUGAUCCUGAAGUCUUUGGCAUGCACGAGAAUGCCAACCUGGCUUUCCAGCGUCAGGAAACUGUGAAGCUGAUUAACACCAUACUGGAUGUUAAUCCUCGUUCUUCUGCUAGUCACGGAGCUAAAAGUAACGAUGAAAUAGUCUGCGAGCUUGCUGAAAAUAUACUAGCCAAGCUGCCCGAGCGCCUGGACAUGGAUGAGGCGGUGGAAACACUCUUUGUCCAAGACAAAAAUGGCCGCAUCAACUCCCUCACAACUGUUCUGGGACAGGAAGCAGACCGGUUCAACAAUCUCAUAAAAGUUCUCAGGAUUUCUCUUGUCACUCUGCAGAAGGCAAUAGCAGGUCUGGUUGUGAUGUCAGAGGAAAUGGACCGAAUCUACACAAGCUUCCUGAACAACCAGGUUCCCACUCACUGGUCAAACUCAGCUUAUCCUUCUCUGAAAACCCUGGCUUCCUGGGUCAAAGACUUGGCCCUCAGAAUUUCCUUCAUUCAGACUUGGAUCACACGUGGUCAGCCCAAAUGUUUUUGGAUCUCAGGAUUCUUCUUUCCUCAAGGUUUUCUUACUGGGGUUCUGCAGAAUCAUGCACGGCUUUACAGUUUGCCCAUUGACGAGCUCAACUUCCGCUUUAACAUGGUCCCAACGUACAGAGACGAGGCAGCAGUCUGUGAGGCUCUACGCUCUCUGUCCAACAAUGAAAAACUGGACAUGGAUGAUGAGUUACCAGAGCCUGAGAAUGGCGUGCUCGUGCAUGGCAUGUUCAUGGAUGCAAGUCACUGGGACGAUGUCAACAUGGUGAUCGAUGAUGCGUUGCCUCGGGUGAUGAACUCGAUGCUGCCAGUCGUGCACUUUGAGCCACAGCAGAAUUAUGUUCCUGAGCCAGAUCUCUAUCAUGCUCCACUGUACAAGACGUCAGCCAGAGCCGGGACUUUGUCCACCACAGGUCACUCAACUAAUUUUGUUGUGACAGUAAUGCUUCCGUCCAAGCGACCCAGCGACUACUGGAUAUCUAAAGCAUCUGCACUCUUGUGCCAACUGGAUGAUUAGCAAAUUAAAAAAUUAUUUUAAAUGUGACUGAAAUGUAUAAUUCUAAGCACAACCUUGAGUUAACGUUGUACCGUUUGUGGAAUAAUUCAGAAGGGUUUUCACAGACACAGCUUGUGCUGAAAGUGUGCUGACUUCACAUUCAGUGUAUUAAACAUUUCUGAGCUUACCCUAAC